UUUCAUUUCAUUACACUUCCUUCAAGAACAGAGGAACCCUUGCCAAGGCCUGACAGCUCUGCUCUGUUCACGUGACCAGGAAUGCCUCUGGGAAUCAUUUCUGCAAAUACAGCUGAAUAGUGGUUAAACCUCGCCUUGCAGGGGUAUAUCAGUUAACACACAGCUGUUGUUGAUAACACCCCGCGGGGGGCCCCCAGCCCCAGUGCUGAGUUUUAAGUCUCAGUGCAGCAGUUUUCUUUCCCUCUUCUCUCUUUGUUUAUCUGCCCAUUUUAAAGUUCAAUUUUCCGUUGAUGAAUGGAUCAGUUCAAUCCUAAAGUUGCCGAGAAAGAUAGGAGGGCCUUGGCAGCCUCUUUGUUUCCGAUUGCUACCUCUUUUAAACAGGAAAAGGAGCCCAAUCUAGACAACAAUGAAGACUGCUUAUUGACAAAGGAAGAGGACGAAGUCCAGCCUGGCAAACACAGUAUGGAAGAGAAGGGGCUGCUGACUCUACAACAAGAUAGUGGGAUUCCAUACAACACAAAAAAAGCAACAGCCUGGGGAGUUAGAGUUUGGGACGAAUGGGGCAAAACGCGCAACAGCUACAUUAUGGAGCAAGGAGUCCAGCGCAAUGAACUCUUCCUUUAUGUGCCCGAACUCUGCUAUGAAAUCACUCAUGAUGAACUUAAUUUCUGGUUGUGCAAGUUUGUGCUCGAAGUACGGAGGCAAGAUGGUUCAGAAUACCCUCCCAACUCUCUCCGCCUCCUAUGCUGUUCGAUCCUUCGACACCUGCGUGAGAACUGCAGGCGAUCGGAUAUUGAUUUCUUCAACAAGCUGAAGCCAGACUUUGCCGAGUUCCGAGCCACCCUUGAUAAACGGAUGAAGCAGUUACAGCGAUUAGGCAUUGGGCUGAUAAGGAAACAGGCACAGCCAUACACGGAGGAUGAUGAAGAGAGGCUAUGGCAAGUGGUCUUUCACCUCCGUGAUGCAAAAAGCUACAGUUAUGCUGCCUACUUCUACGUCUGCAAAGUCUUUGCUCUGUGUGCAGCUAAGGACCACCAUAAACUAACAGUUGAUCAGUUCAGAUUUAGCUGUGACAUGAUUAGUGAAUACGUGGAGUUUACUGGCAGACCUAGUAAUCCUCAAGAUAGUCUUGACAAGCUGAAAAUUGUCCAAACAAGACAAUAUGCCGAUUCCCCAAACCCAAGAUGUAUCGUUUCUCUGCUGCGUCGCUACCUCAGUAUGAUUCCCCGUGAAGGCCCAUUCUACCGCCGUCCCAUGCUGGGUACUAUGCAAUUCUCAGAACAAGUAAUAGGAGUUCACACUUUGGAAAGAUAUUCCAAAGAGAUAUGCGAAGCAGCAGGAAUAUCAGGACACCACACAGGGCAUUCCGGAAGGGUCAGCAGUGCAACAACCCUGUAUAAUCGAGGCUUUGAUGAGCAGUCGAUUAAAGAACGGACAGGACCUGCAGCUAGUUUGGCAAAGGGCUACAGGAGACCCUCUCCUGCUCAAAUGAAGGCCAUGUCAGACUGUCUGCAACCUCCCAAUCCUCUCAAAAAGAUUUCAGCAUGUUCACCUUCAUCAUCUGAAGACCACAGUUCCUAUCAGGAUGAAGGCCCAAGCAACAUCAUCAACUCUGAAGAUGGAAUCAAUCACCCACAAGAAACUACAACCAUAUUGAGCAGGCCUGAGGUGACAAUCACAGAACAGGAUGGUGUACUAAAAAUUGAAAUACCAUCUCGGACUCCCCCAUCAGUGCCCUUAUCUUCACUUCAUACCAUUAGAAAGUUAAAAAUAGUAAAAGGGGAAAUUGUAUUAGAACUAAAUUUGUAAGAGCUAAUUUAUUAACUGAAAAUCUAUGUUCACCAGUGUUCAUUUUAGUUUACAUGCUCUAACAUUGCUCUUCACUGUUUCUGCCGAAGUGUGAUUGGAUAAAUACUAAGUAUCCUGUGAAGUACAAUCUACGAAUCAAAGUGCCACAAUCCUGAUGACUAGUACAUACAAGCUUGUUCUAUUAUCCUCCUAUUAGUCACUGAUAGCUGGCACCAAGACUAAGUGUUGCUUUAAAUAUUUCUCUUGUAUUGCUAAAGCUGGUGGCUCCUUUGUACAGGUCCAGUCAGGUAACCUUCAGAAGAAUGAACAAUGAGUGCUGGCAAGCUAUACAAAUAAGAAGGAUACAUUUCCAUGGCUGAUUACAAUUCUUUUGUCAUAUGAUAAACAAAUUUCCUUCCUAGUGGGAAUAAGUGAAUAGCUUAGUUAGCUGAUAAUAAUCAAGAACAGGUUUCCAUUCCACAGGCUAACGGUGUUAAAAUUGUCUCUUACUACUCCAGAUGAGCUCAAUUAAGUUAAUAAUAAUGGAGAGCCAACAAAUCUUUGUUGGUUACAAAUCUCAAUGGUGUAGCAAACUUACUGAGAAUCUGAGAGCUGCAUGCCUGUAUAUACACUACUGCUGAUCAACUUACAGCUCACAUUAAGUCAUUCAAAUGUUAGUAUGAACAGUAAGAUCCCUACAUUAAAAAAGUGUUUAAUUGUGAUUCACCAGCACUACCGGGAUUAUAUAUUGGACUUGGUCUGAACCUCAUCAAAAUACUUUCACUUUUGAAUCCUAAAUUUAAAGCUAGCCCUGGUCUUAUCAUUCAUUAAGCUCUACCGGAAAUUGAUCUGAACAAUUCCAACAUUAUUUUGCUGGGCACAAUUUUGUAGAACAAAAUAUUGCCAAUUCAGCACUACUUUAUCAAUUUCACUCACUGAGGCCAGAAGAUGCCUAAAAAUAAACAAGUCCACACUAAGUCAAUGUUAAUUAUUUGUGUAGAAUGAAAAAAGCUAAAAUCUUUGAAUCUAUCAAUGGACAUUUUUUUUUAAAUGGGGGUACAGAAAUGGUUUUGAUCUACUUAUCCUUGGAGCAUUUGAUGAGACAGUAAGGAAAUUUAUUCGAAAGUUACACUUUGCUGUAUCUGUCUUUGGUAUAUUUGAUAUUGUUUCCUUUGCCUAAUGAAGAUAAAUAUGAAAUUGAAGUUCAAUAAAU